CUUCUCAAGCCAGCAGCAGCAGCAAUUCGGCAUUCCCUCACCACUUGCGUCCUCACCAGUGGGCUUGCUUUGCUUCACCACUGGUGCCUGUCCUUCCCAAACCACCCACACGCCCUGUACGGUUUCCCUCCCUCGUGCAUCCACCUCACCCACCGUUUCCAUAUCGCGGAUAACCCAUCGAGUGAGACUAAGCUAUGUCCUAGACCUGGUCCUUCCAGGCCUGAAGUUCAUGGUCUGCACGCCAAUCGUUGGCAACGAGUCCUUCGCACGCUGUCCGAACAGGGUCCGAGAGGCAUGAGCUGGAUUGAUCGUGGGUUAUAUUUUGGGUUGCGUACAACAAACCAAGGAAUAUUAUCAGGGAGGACGGGUUGCGUGUCCUCAGGUCUACCCGCUGCGGACUUCUCAGCAGAAUUAAGGCAGCCCGCGUUUUCCUACUACUACUAGUACUUAAUAGCGUCCUCCCAAUCAGGCUGAUUGGCCCAGCCAUGUCCGACGUGGCGUAUGACGACUACUUUAACUUGAAGGCCCCCGAUUUGCACGGCCAUACUGGAGCGUGCGGCUUGUCCUCUGUUCCGUCCACUCGAUUUCGUGCCGCCUCUUUGGAUGAACCUCGCGCUCUCGAAGCACUCCUCUACCGGGAUUCUCUCCCCAUGUUGGCUCAUACCUCGGCCAACGGCGUCGUCUUCGUCCCUUGCGACGGAAACGUUCGUGCUGGCGACGGAAACGCCGUCGCAUGCGUGACCAGCACCAGACUCGUGGAGGGAUCCUCUGCGGGAAUCAACGCCCACUCGAUGGGAACUGAAAGCCACUGUGACCAAUUCGUUUUCCGGACGCACCCACUGCUCCUGACCGCCGUCGAUGCGUCUCAGCGAAUCGCAACGGUCACUGAUUACUCUGGGAUGUCUGACGCGGUAGAGCUUUCCGAUGCGGAGGUUGCGGCGGCCACCCGCGGUGAAUAUUUGUUUCCAGGGGGGCUUGUAUCGCGGAUGUUGAUGGGCGCGGAGGCUGGGGGGACGGUGGAAGAGGCUUCAAAUCGGUUAUGCUCCGGCACAAGCGGCGCAGAUGCUGCCGCGAGUUGCGGGGUUAUGCCGAGCGCUUGGCGUGCGCGGAUUCUAUCGGCCCUUCGAUCGACGGAAGUGUUGGAUGCCGAUUCGUUGAAUUUCUACUACCAGCAGCAACAACAGCUUCAGCGUCUGCAGCAGCAGCAGCAGCACCAGCAGCAGGAUUGCGACUCCUGCUCUGGGCAGUGUGCGCAACUCCCGCCGCGAGGCUCCGAUUCGGAAGACGCUUAUGGCGGUCCCCGAGGGGACUCGUACUACCGCAGCGAAUAUGGCGACGGGACGCUGACCAGCGGGAAUCUCGGUUGCCGCCGGAGCACGGAACGAUCUUCUGUUGACUUGCAACUGCAUCAUGCCAUGCAGCAGCAGCAGGUGCACCAGCAGCAGCAGCAGCAGCUGCACCAGCAGCAGCAGCAGCAGCUGCACCAGCAGCAGCAGCAGCAGCUGCACCAGCAGCAGCAGUGCAGUCAUCGGUCGUCCACAAGCUCAUCGUGCGCAGCGGACGAGGCCGGCGAAAGGGACGCCGUCGCGCUGCUGCUCGCCAGCCUCCCGGAACAUGAUCGUCAAUCUUCCCGCCGCGCGCACGCGCACGCGCCGCCGCAAGGGCACGCGCCGAGACACGCGCCGGACCACGCGCAGGUGCAGGAGCUCAUGCUUGCGGCGCAUUACCGGCAUGAGCAGCAGCAGCAGCAGCAGCAGCAGCAGCAGCAGCAGCAGCAGCAGCAGCAGCAGCAGCAGCAGCAGCAGCAGCAGCAGCAGCAGCAGCAGCAGCAGCAGCAGCAGCAGCAGCAGCAGCAGCAGCAGCAGCAGCAGCAGCACCAGCAGCAGCACCAGCAGCAGCAGCAGCAGGUGCACCAGCAGCAGCAGCUUCAGCAGCAGCAGCAGCAGCAGCUUCAGCAGCAGCAGCAGCAGCAGCAGCAGCAGCAGCAUCGCACCUCCUUCGAGCUCCAGCAAGACUUGCAGAUCACCGUGGGCCCCAGGAGCGUCGCCGGAUGCGACGCGUGCGACUCCAUGGGACUCGGUGGCGGCAACUCUGGCGGCGCCGGCAACUACGGGAAUGGCGGCGGGAAUCGCGGCGGUGGCUCUGGCAGGAGCGGCUCGACAUCCCUGCGGCGGCAAGGUGGCGGAGGCGGAGGAUCUUCCACGUCCGCAGGCACGGGCGGCGGAACCAGCACUAGCGGCGGCGGCGGCGGCGGCGGCGGCCGCGGUGGCGGCGGCGGCAGUGGCGGGUGCAGCAGAAUCCCCGACGUGGGCGGUCUGCGGCGCUUCCUCCCCAGCAACAACGACAGCGACGGGGAGGUGGUAGACGGGUACGCCAAUGACGAGUUCCGCAUGUACGAGUUCAAGGUGCGCCGCUGCAUGCGCGGGCGCAGCCACGACUGGACCGAGUGCCCCUUCGCGCACCCGGGGGAAAAGGCGCGCCGGCGCGACCCGCGGAGGUACCACUACAGCGGAACGGCGUGCCCGGAUUUCCGCAAGGGGACUUGUCGGCGGGGCGACGCGUGCGAGUACGCGCACGGGGUGUUUGAGUGCUGGCUGCACCCGUCGCGCUACCGCACGCAGCCAUGCAAGGACGGGCGCAACUGCAAGCGCCGCGUGUGCUUCUUCGCGCACACGCCCGCGCAGCUCCGCCUCAUGCCCUCCGCGGCCGCCGCCGCCGCCGCCGCUGCCACGGUAGCCGCUGCGGGAGACGCUUCCGCGCCGUCAGCAGCCGCGGGCGCUGUUUCUGGCGAUUUUGGCGGUGCAGGGACUGAUGGCGGAAAGGCGGCGCUCAGUAACCAGCUGCCUCAAACGGGGAUGCCUCAAACGGGGAUGCGUCUGGUCCUUGACGAUUCGUCACCCACGAGUGUGUUUCCGUGUGACGUCAGCCGCAGCAGCAGCGCCGGUCCCGCAACCCCGCCGCUCACUCCCGCGUCCUCGUCUCCCCCUACCUCGCCCCAGCAAUCCGGCGGUGUGGUGCCGACGGUGCUUGUGCAACCGCAGCAGCAGCAGCAGCAGCAGCGGCAGCAGGCUGAUUACGAGCAGUAUCAGCAUGCGGCAUUGUCGUUUGCGCAAAUCAUACCUGAACUCGGUGCCAUGCCUUCUCCGUCACCCUCCCCUUCCCCCUCCCCCUCCCCUACACCUUCCCAUCCCCACCCUCCGCUCUUUUACCCGAUUCCGUCAAAGGCCUACCAAGUGGGCUCCCACCACAUGUGUGUUCCUGCACACUCUCUUGCCUCGUCCUCGUCUGCCGCGCAUAACCUCCCUUCUCAUGCCUUUGACUCGCAGCCUUACACGCAGCAGCAGCAUCAUCAUCAGCAGCAGCACCAGUUUGUGCAGCAGCAGCAAAAUAUGCAGCAACCUCAGCCUCAGCAGCAGCAGCAGCAGCAGCAGCAGCAGCAGCAGCAGCUUUCACCAGCAUCGACAAUGCAUUUCCCCUUUCCACCGCACUUGCAUUCCGCACAUUCCGCCCCGCCCAACUUCGCUCACCUCCAUUCCCAGCAGCAGCAGCAGCAGCACCAGCUGGAGCAUUUCGCUGCUAGUGCAGGUGGUUCCAGCUCAGCGCAUAUGGAGAAGCUAGUGGGUGCCUUCAGAAGCAUAGAGCUGCAGCAGCAAUACCACCAGCACCAGCAGCAACACGAGCACCAGCACCACCAGCAGCAGCAGCAGCAGCAGGAGUCUGGCGUGCGUCUAUCUGUGAGCCGCAGCCUCCCAGUGACCCACAGCCGGUCACUCCAACUCACUUCGGCCGAAACCGAAGCGUACCUAACCCUUGCUACGGCUCAUGCUGCAAUCGGUGGCACUAGCAGCUCCAUUGGAAGUAUGCAUGCGGCCAUGCAUGUGCCGAUGGGUGUGCCGAUGGGUAUGCCCAUUGCCAUGCCCCAUGCCACCUUACUGCAGCACCGCAUGGGCAGUCUCCUCCUGGGGAAUCACUUCCAAGCUUCCACGCCCUCCCCUCGAGCUGCUGCUGCUGCUGCUGCUGCUGCUUCCCCUGUCGUUGCGCCAGCGCCUGCCUCGAUGUUUUCCCCGGGCCCAGUGUCAGCAGCAGCAGCAGCGGCAGCGGCAGCAGCAGGUGCACCGCGUGCUAUGCCUGGGAGGGCCUUGCACAGGGCUGGAUCCGCACUGGCGGUGGGAGGAGCAUCAGCAGGGGCAGGGGCAGGGGCAGGGGCAGGAGGCAGAUGCCCCUUGGGAAUGCCGAGAGCUGCCUCUGAUAGCACGUCAGAGUAUGCUGGAGCCAUGCUGCCGGACCUUGGGUGGGUUACCGACCUUUGUCAGUAACGGUUGCCAUCGGCAUCUGUGGUUGAUCUCCUGGAUCGUUCUCGAUGCGGCGUCUAGGGUAUGCUCCUGGAGCAUAGGGGUCUUGCUUCUUGGAUCGCGGGGUCUGGUCGCGUGGAUCUGAGAUGGUUGUUACCUACGACAGGUAGCGUGAAGCUUUGCUAGCACACAGGCAGCUCUGACCACGCAGGUGAGGAGGACAUGACAAGAUGCGAAGGUGGUGCCUGAGCUUGCUACUGUUUCCGAUUCAAUCUCUUGCUUGCGUUUGCGUUUCCAGUUUGAUUGUGUGCUUCCACUUGUCUGGUCCCCCCUACUGUUUCAUUGGUAUGCAAGGGUUUUCCAGUUCUAAUUGCAGCCGGCCAGUACUCUCAUUUGGCAGGUGCUGCAUUGUUCUGAAGCUCACUAGUUGCUUUGGAGCAAAUUUAGUCAAUGUCCUGUUUGUAAGUGUCUUUAUGCUCAGUUUCGGAUCAGUAGUGAUUAGGGCCACAAGUG